UGCUGGGUGUCCCCGCAGUGCCAUCAGUGUGCAGUGUGUGGCAGUGUGCUCAGUGACGUCUGCUGUUAACCAGGUGUGAGGAUAUAAGAGCUGGCAGCAGUGCGGAGCGCCACUUCCCUGGAUGACAGACUUGGAGUCUCUCGACUGCUCCACAUCCCACAGUUUCCCGCACACCAUGAGACCCUCGGUGCUGAUCCUCCUGGUCCUGUCUGUGACCCUCAUCGGCCCGGACGCUGCCCCCACACACAGAUUGAAGAUCAGCGACAUUUCUAAUGGGACAUUAGAGAAAGGAUGGACGGUGACUCUGCAGAGCAUCACUCCGAGCCUGCACCACCGCCUGCAGAGCAUCACUCCGAGCCUGCACCACCACCUGCACAGCAUCACCCAAAGCCUGCACCGUCCCCUGCAGAGCAUCACCCCAAGCCUGCACCACCCCCUGCAGAGCAUCACCCCGAACCUGCACCGCCCUCUGCUGGAGAGAACCAAGAGGAGUCAGAUAGAGAAGCGGAGAUGUAACACGGCGACCUGCGUCACUCAGCGUUUGGCCGACUUCUUGGUGAGAUCCGGUAACAGCCACGGUGCCAUCUUUGCGCCUACGAACGUUGGAUCCUUCACAUACGGCAAAAGGGACAUUGUGGGUCUCCUCCAGCGCGAGUCCUUCAACCUGCUCCAGGAUUAACCCCUCACAUCCCAGGAACUUCUCACUAGAGGACGACGGCUGCCAAACCUUAACUCAAAUACCGGAACAGCUGCUCAAACCACAACGUUCACCGACACCACACCGCUCCCCCAACCCCUCACCAUCCUUCCCACCGCUCCACCGACACCAACCCCU